GCCCACCACUGACAUUCAUUCAUUGCCUUACCAUUCACUCCAUCCACGUUUAUGCGCCGUCCACACCAUUCGCUGACGCAGCCGCCCCCCGCCCCUCACUCCCAUUCCUCCCACCAUCUCUGUCCGCAGUUCCCCAGGCCGUUCCCUCCCUGCCGCCGUUUUCUCUCCCGGGCGCGUCCCCGGCGAGCCGAGCCCCCUCCCCAGCCUGCGACUGCGCCUUAGGCCCCGAGCGCCCCGCCCCACCCGAGAACCUGCGCUGAGGCGGCCCCACGGGGCGCAGGCCCCGACCCUCAGCGUCCACCAUCUGCUGCCCGCAUUCGCCCGCCCGGCGUCCGAGCCCUUCAGCGGCGACGGGCGGAGCUGGAGCCCCGGGCCUGGGCGCCAGGGGGGCUCCUGGGAGGGUGAUGAAGCAGGCCCUGGUGGACGAUACCGAGGAUGUGUCCCUGGACUUUGGAAACGAGGAGGAGCUGGCCUUUAGGAAAGCCAAGAUCAGACACCCCUUGGCCACCUUUUUCCACCUGUUUUUCCGAGUGAGUGCCAUCGUCACCUACGUGUGCUGCGACUGGUUCAGCAAGAGCUUUGUGGGCUGUUUUGUCACGGUGCUGCUCCUCCUGUCCCUGGACUUCUGGUCUGUGAAGAAUGUAACCGGAAGACUCCUGGUGGGCCUUCGAUGGUGGAACCAGAUAGAUGAAGAUGGGAAGAGCCACUGGAUCUUUGAAGCCAGGAAGGUCUCUCCGAAUAGCAUUGCUGCCACAGAAGCUGAAGCACGAAUCUUCUGGCUGGGCCUCAUAAUCUGCCCCAUGAUAUGGAUUGUGUUUUUUUUUAGCACCUUAUUUUCCUUGAAGCUAAAGUGGCUGGCUCUGGUGGUUGCUGGGAUCUCUCUCCAAGCUGCAAACCUGUAUGGCUACAUCCUUUGUAAGAUGGGAGGCAACAGUGACAUUAGCAAGGUCACAGCCAGUUUCCUGUCCCAGACAGUGUUCCAGACGGAUCUCGCUCUGUCACCCAGGAUAGAGCGCAAUGGUGUGAUCGCGGCCUAUUGCAACCUCCAUCUCCUGGGCUCAAGCAAUCCUCCCACCUCAGCCUCUGGUGCAGUUGGGACUACAGGCCUGCCCAGGUGACUUUCAGAAGCCUGGCCUCAAGGGGCUGGAGAUUCACCAGCAUUAGGCUUUCUUAUCUUCAGAGGCAGAAAUGGCUUAAACGGGAGUUUCUACAAUCAACUAAGCUUCCGACACAGCAGAAUCCCACGAUCCCACAACCCGUUUGUUUUUUACGUGAAACAGGCCUCGGGGGAGAGGUCUGAGGGGGUUUUAUUCUUAAAAUGGCACAUUUGUAGAGAAUGCCCUUUAUAUAUGUUCUAAAGAAAAGUGUACAAAUACUCAAUGAUUAAAGUGUCUCUGAGAAAGUGGCUUCGGACCACACCAGCAUC